AAAGAGUAUACAAAGGAUAAUGAAAUAGGAUGACCACGAAAGAAUAUUCUUGUAAAAAUUCCAAAACGACUCCAACCUAUCUUGAAUCUUCCUUUGGAUACACGUAUUUGCAACCCAUGUCUUACUGCAAUGGAUCAUGAUAAAGAAAACCAACUAUCUUUAAAUUAUCAACCACCGAUGCAAAGGGUGCCAACAAUCACUUCUAAUCAUCCAUAUGCCCUUCAUAAUGAUCUUCUGUAUUCAGCUAAAGAGUAUAAUGAUUGUAGAAAAUUUAUAUCAUGAAGCUCGUGAAGAACUUAAGCGAAUUAAAUUAACCUCAAUUUCUAGCGAAAAAAUUCGUUUAAUGUCUAACGUUUUAUUUAAAAAACAACACAAAGAUAACGAAAAGCCAAUCUAUGAUCCUGAAGAAUUUAAAAAAAUGUUAGAAAAAGAAGAACCAAAAUUGCAAGGAUUUUUUGAUGAAUUUUAUGCUGGUACAAAUCCCCAAAAGAAAAAUCCUAUAACAAAUCAACAAAAUAAAAAAAAAACUCGAUAUAAUGUGUUAUCUUUUGCUGGAUUCAAUAAUAAAUUCAUAAGUGACGUAAAAGAGGAUGUAGGAUUUUUGCUGAAUGCAUCAGGAACUUCCGUAUCAGCAAUUGAUACUUUGUCAAAUGCUGGACUUACAGUGAGAAAAAAAACUAUUCAAAAAAAAAGAUUCAGCUAGCUAAUUUACAUAAGCAAACUGUCAAAGAUAUUAUUAUUGACAACAAAAAUAAUUUUAAUUGUUCUUAACAUUGAUGACUAUCACAAUAUUCAUACUUUACGACGACCAGAUACUACCACCACAAGCAGUGCUUUACACUUUAUAGCAAUACUUAUGAAAUCAUCUUCCCAAGUAUCUGCUAUUCCAUUUAAUAAUGUUACCAAUCAAU